ACAUAACAUUACCUGCUACAACACAUAGUGCAAGGUCUUCAUAUACCAUUGAUCUACCUACGAAGAUUUAAAAAACUUAUAAAACUUCCUGAUAUACCGAUUCGAUUAUGCGAGGAACUACACAGCGACGCGAAACGUGUUCAUAUUAUUUAGUCGAAUUAUAGAAGCUAUUUCCCUGUAUUCUGAAUCGAAACAUAUAAAAGCACAGCACUAGCAUCGCUGUAAUCCGUCUCCAGGAAAUGCCGUGUGUGUUUCUAACCUUCACUGGUGUAACACCAGGAAGCAGGAAGACGAGUCCAUACCAGGGAAAGAUGGCGUUUGAAAAGAGCCAGACUGCAGCUAUGUCGGGGCUCCGAGUUGUCCUGUCUUGGAAGACUGGGACAUUAUGCCUGUACCUGCUUUUGGGGUGGCUGCCACACUCUCCGGUCCAGGCCGAUAUAACAGACGGCAACUCCGAACACUUAAAGCGGGAGCACUCGCUCAUCAAACCAUACCAGGGUGUGGGGACAAGUUCAACUCCUCUCUGGGAUUUCGGUGGCAGCACACUGUUGACCAGCCAGUAUGUCCGACUGACCCCUGAUGAGAGAAGCAAACAGGGGUCCAUUUGGAACAGAGUGCCUUGUUUCCUGAAGGACUGGGAGUUACACGUCCAGUUCAAAAUCCAUGGGUCAGGAAGGAAGAAUCUGCAUGGAGAUGGUAUUGGCAUCUGGUACACAAAAGAGAAGCUGCAACCUGGGUCUGUCUUUGGAAGCCAGGAUCAUUUCGUUGGACUGGGCAUUUUUGUGGAUACUUUCCGCAAUGAUCUCCAAGGAAUGGAUCGUUCAUUCCCUUAUAUAUCUGCCAUGGUAAAUAAUGGAUCCCUGGUUUAUGACCACGGAAAGGACGGACGCCCGACUGAACUGGGGGGGUGUUCGGCAGAGGUCCGUAACCAGGACCACGAUACCUACCUGGCUGUUCGCUACUCCAAGGGCCGGCUGACGGUUAUGAUAGAUGUUGAAGGCCUCAAUGAAUGGAAGGAAUGCUUCGAUGUCUCAGGAGUUCGACUCCCUACUGGAUACUUAUUUGGGUCCUCUGCAGCUACAGGUGACCUUGCAGAUAACCAUGACAUCCUCUCGAUGAAGGUGUACCAGCUGAUGGUGGAGCACACUCCAGAGGAGGAAAGCAUAGACUGGACCAAAAUAGAGCCCAGUGUCAGCCUGCUCAAAUCACCCAAAGACAACAUCGACGACCCGACUGGAAAUUUCCGAAGCUCUCCUCUGACUGGAUGGAAGGUGUUCCUGCUGCUGCUCUGCGCUUUGCUUGGCAUCAUCGUGUGCGCGGUCGUGGGUGCUGUCGUCUUCCAGAAACGCCAGGAGAGAAACAAGCGUUUUUAUUGAACAGGAAAACAGAAUGCAAUCAGAUCAGUGUGAUUUGUUUAACAAGUUUGUUUUCUAAUGUUCCUACAGUAGGACAUGCUGUCUUAAGCAGCAGCCUGGUGACACAUCAUAAACAAAGAGUCGGCGAGAAUCUGGGUCUAAACGAGCAUCAUUUUUUUUUUUUUUUAACUUUUGGUGUGUUAAAAAAAAAAUUACAAAAAAGUCUUUGCUAAACAAAAUGUGUGUGUUCAAUGAGCUGUCAUUAGGUAGUACAGUUAACUGAAAUGCACAGCCUCUAUUCAUUUCAGCUAGGUAUCUUUUAUUUCUUCAUACCAAUGAUGUUUUGACUGUAGUGUGAAGUUUAUUUUGUUGUUUAAUUGUUUCCUUAUUGUGCGCUCUCUUUCCUUUUGCUUACAGAUGUGUGACCACUAUCACAACUCAUUUAAGCAUUUUCAGUGCGCAUAGUUUUCAAACAUGCAGCACAGAAAAACAAAACUCAUUCAGAGAGCCUGGGGGAGGUGUAUGUUUGAUACAGAUUCGAUGUGUGUGUUCACGUUGCCUUUUGAAACCCACGCUUCAAAGCCCAUAUUCUUGACCGUCGUUUCAAAUAGUUAUUUGUCUUCCAAUGUGAAAUCAAACAAGUUUUCUGAGAGACAUCAAUCUUGCCUUGCUGUUCAAAAUGAAUUGCACAGUGAGGCAGUUGUAAUCCUUUUCAUCUCGACAGCAAAGUAAAAUUGGAAAAACAAGUUCAAGGUAACAAAUUAUUUUUUUUUUUCUGUACUGAAGCUAAGUGAUAAUACAGAAUCUUCAGAUUGAGUUUACUAUGAUUUAUUAAGCAAACAUAUCAGAACUUGCAAAAUCAGUUUAAUUUUAACACAGCUAUGAUGCUGCUACAUUUAUCUGAGCAGACUAUAUGUUAUUUUGUAAAAUAAAAUAGUUUUCUAAUGCAGUCAGUAGGUUUAAUCUUAACAGAUGUUCCUCUGUUAAUUUGAUUAGCCUUUCUUUAAAGCCAAGAUGAAUUGUUGAAAAGCUGUGCCAGUUGCAGGGGAACCAUGUUUCUACUGCAGUUACACUGAAUUGUCUGUAGAGAAAGGAGAGGUGUUGACCUUUUAAUGUUUCAGUGUACGUUAAUAUCCUUUUUUCGGCUCAGUUCCUAGUAAACGUUCAAAGAUAGAACGUGUAUCUGAUGGUGGAAGGGUAUUAGUUCUCUGCGUGGGAUUAUCCUCAAAAAUAAAUAAUUGGAAGUCCUUACAGAAGAGGACAUCUAUACAUUUCUGUAAAAAAAAUCAGGGCUGAAAAUGAACAAUGUGUCCCUUUUACGUAUUUUAAUGCAUUCAGGUUGUGCCAAAAGGCGGUUUUCAUUGUAGUGUGGAAACUACUCAAGUGCAUGUUGUUAGUCAUCAUUUAGCCAGUGUUUGACGGCAUAUUCCAGUACAGAAAAGCUGUAACCCAUCUGCUGGUUUCACAGUCCCCGAUUAGCACUAAUCUUAGAGUGCCUUACCUGAAAUAACAUUAGGGUGUCCAAGACUAGGGCUAGUCAGUGUCUGAAAUGUUGUUAUUGCACCAGAGGCUGUUUUAUCCCCCCACUUCACCAUACAAACUGAACUAAAUACAUUUCCAUUAAAUUAAAUUGGCCCUAAUCAAUGCACUAGUAAUAAUAAUAAUAAUAAUAAUACAUUUAAAGGAGUCAUUGUAAAAUAAAUUGGACUGCCAAUUGGACAGUGUGGGGCUGAUUUCCACAGCGAGCAUUACAAGCAAUGUAUUGUGAUUCUUGGUGAUUUACUUGCAUGUCUUGAAUGUACGCAUACUCUGCAAGGUUAUUACAAUUUUGCACUGUCUUUAAGUGACAUUGCAUGUAUUCAGUGGUCUAGCUGCCUGCUGGAUUUCACUUCUUAAACUAUUUAGUGAGAGAUUGCAAACAGCCCAGCCCUCUUGGUAAAUAUUGCAGUUUUGUAUUUUAUGUUGCUGUUUUGUUGUGGUUGAUUAUCCUUUCUUGUUUCUCCCCCAUGACCAAUUGUUCAUUUUGAGCCCUGAAGAGAAGGAUAAAAAGGUUGAAAAGUGUGUGCUUAUCCGAACUUCAAUGCAAUGGGACGUGGACUUUGUGUGUGGUCCUGGAGUAAUUAAAGGCAGUUUAAAUGA